AUGUUCUUCCUGAUUGUUGUUUCAAUCUCUCUGUCCCCUGGCUCCCGUCCCUUGUCUUUGUUCUGGGACGGCACGGGACGGGGUGAUGGGGGGGGUGGUUAUCCGAGGGCGCAGCAAGAGAGGCAGGCAAUACUUUGGAGCAAAGGCGGUGUCUGUAGGAGGGAACGAUUGGGAGGGUCGUCGUGCUAUGACGACCCCCCAAUCGGUGUGGCUAUGGAUCUAACUUGCUGUUUGACUAAAGAGUGCUUUGUUCCUCGGCGUCUGCCUUCCUCCGUUUCAGGAUAUCACGUUUUGCUGUGUUUGCUGUGUCCUCUGUUUGAACGAUUUACUCAUCUUCCUCUUACGCUUGGAAUCAAAAGCGACGUCAUGUCGUCAGGUGGGUUUUCACGAGAGCAUGUUAUAUGUAUACCGUCCCGGGCUGAGGGACUGAGGCCUGGUGUACUACGAGAGAGGGAAGAAGAGGAGAAGGAGGGAGAAAGAUGCGAUGCGACCAGGGCGUUUGUUACGUUGGAGAGACUGCGCUCUCAAUUCGAGGAAGAGUGGGUAGACACUGCGGAUGCGUCACCUUAG